AUGACGAAGUCUUUGGUGUUUUCUCUUUGCUUGCUUCUUGUUUUCAAUGGCUGCUUAGCAGCACGACAGCAGUCCCAGCAGCAGGGCAAACAGAAUGAGUGUCAGCUCAACCAGCUCCAAGCUCGGGAACCCAGCAACAACAUUAGGGCGGAAGCCGGGCAGAUCGAGACAUGGAACCACAACGACGAUGACUUCCAGUGCGCUGGUGUCGCUGCUGAGAGAAUCACCAUCGAGCGCAACGGCCUUCACUUGCCUGCCUACUCCAACGCCCCUCAACUCAUCUACGUCGUCCAAGGUAGUGGUGUUCUAGGAGUUGCUUUCCCUGGGUGCCCUGAAACAUUCGAGGAGUAUAAGGACCAAUCUCAGCAGCAAUUCCAGAGAGGCGGCCAAGAGCAGCGUGAACAACAGGAACAACAAGAAGAGCAGCAGAGACGUCGGCAAGAGCAACAGGGACAACAAGGACAGCGAGGCCAGCAGGAACAGGAGCAAGGGCGCCACCAACAAGGCCAACAAGGGCGGCAACAACAAGGCCAGCAAGGCCAGCAAGGUCAGCAAGAGCAGCAAGACCGCCACCAGAAGGUCCGCCGCAUCAGGGCUGGUGAUGUCAUUGUCAUCCCCGCCGGGGUCGCCUUCUGGACCUACAAUGACGGCGACCAGGAGCUUGUUAAAGUCAGCCUCCUCGAUGUCAGCAACGACCAAAACCAGCUAGACCAAAACCCUCGGAAAUUCUAUCUCGCUGGUAACCCAGAGAAUGAGUUUGAGCAACAAGGCCAGAGCCAACACCGCCAACCACGCCAAUUCGGGCAGGGCGGCCAGAGAGAGCAGCAACAAUUUGGGCAGCAGGGACAACAAGGACGACGACAACAACAACAACAAGGACGCCAACAACAACAGGGCCGCAGCCAGCAGCAACAAGGAAGCAGCAACAACGUCUUCUCCGGUAUGAAUACUCAACUCCUCGCCCAGGCACUCAAUAUCGACGAAGAGACCGCCAGGAGCCUCCAGGGAUCAGAGAACGACAACAGGAACCAGAUCAUCCAAGUCAGAGGCCAGCUCGACUUCCUCCAACCACCUAGAGGCCGACAGCAGCGCGAGCACGAGGAGAGGGAGCAGCGCCAGGUGGAGCAGGAGAGGAGGCAACAAGGCGGACAGCAGGGUUUGGUGGCGGCCAACGGCCUCGAGGAGACUUUCUGCUCCAUGAGGUUGAUUGAGCACAUUGGCAACCCUCAGCGCGCCGAUGUCUACUCUCCUCAGGCAGGUCGUAUCAGCACCCUCAACAGCCUCAACCUCCCCAUCCUCAGUGCUGUCCAACUCAGUGCCGAGAGAGGCUUCUUCUACAGCAACGGUAUCUACACCCCACACUGGAACAUAAACGCCCACUCAGUGGUCUACGUGAUCAGAGGAAGCGCUAGGGUUCAGAUCGUGAACGAGAACGGCAACCCGAUCUUGGACGACCAAGUGCAGGAGGGACAAUUGUUCAUAAUUCCCCAGAACCACGGAGUGAUCUCGCAAGCCGGCAACGAGGGAUUCGAGUACAUCGCCUUCAAGACCAACGACAACGCCAUGCUCAGCACUCUUGCUGGCCGGACUUCCUUACUCCGUGCACUGCCGCUGGAGGUGCUCACCAACGCCUACCAGAUUGAGCGCCAGCAGGCCCAGCAGAUCAAAUACAACAGGGCGGAGAGCAUUGCCUUGAGCUCCAGCCAGUCUUUCCAGAGGAGGGCAGUUGCGUAAAUGUAUGUUGGAUGAAUGGGAAGAAUGUAGUGAGUGCGGCACGUAGUGUUUUUUUGGAGCUAUGAAGUGAAGAGAGUGAAAAUAAAUAAAUAAAUAAAUAAAUAAAAGGCCUUAUGGGGCUUUAAACUACUA